AACAAUUUUAUUUCAGAUUCUACGUAUCACUGUGAAACCACAGAUUUCUUCGGAGGAUAUGUUUUGUUAGACGGCUGAAUUUAAUCAGAGAAUUUAAUGGAAACUGGUUGCCGUGUUGUCCGAGGACCUGACUGGAAGUGGGGAAAUCAAGAUGGCAGCGAAGGACAUGUUGGCACUGUAGUUGUUGUUGGCAAAACCGGCAGUGUAUCUUCCCCGGAUAAAACUGUUGUCGUUCAGUGGGAUGGUGGAACGAGGACCAAUUACAGAUGUGGUUAUCAAGGAGCAUUCGAUCUCUGUUUGUUUGACAAUGGCCCAGUCGGUAUGUAUAUUCUUUUGAAGUUGUAUAAUAAGUUGUACACUCACACCUGGGCGAAUUUGGUGUUUAUUCGGUCAUUAUUUUUAUGUGAACCUUGUAUCGAUCUAAACAUGUGCAAUUUGCACACAAGGUGAUACGGCAUUUGAAAAAUCGCGUUUGGACACGGUGCUUCACACAAGCUAUGUAUUAUAAGUGCUGUUACGACUAAAAUACACGAACGAAAGCGAAAAAAUGGUGAAUUCGGCUGCUCACGUAAACAGCGAUACGUAAUUAUUCAUGCUUCUACGAAUGUUUUUCAUUGUUAUUUUCCUUUAUGAGAGGAUAAUUACGCAGAAAUGCAAUUUGAGAUUACUAUUUGGAGACGCUUUUGCUUUCCGUGAAUUUUGGGCGGCAUUCGUGGAAAAUUUCGUAGAAGCUUGUAGUUCUGAGAAUCAAGUCAACGUCAUGCAUGCAUAAUUCCACUUGGAAAUAGAACUGGAAUUUAUUAUGUUGAUUUUUUUUACCAGGUGAGAAAGCUAAGGAAUUCUUAAAGGAAAUCAAUAAAACUUUGCACCAUCACUUUCCAUUUUACUUUAUUAAAGUUAUAUGAUAAGCUAAACAUGAACUGGAAUGAACUAAUUUUUUUUAAUCAAAUGAGAAAGCUACUGUAAGGGAAUUUUGUAAAUCAUCACUUAAAUUUUGCAUCAUAAGUUUUCUCUGCAAGUUGUUAACUUUUAUAUGAGGAGCUAGAUUAUAGACGUGUUUUGAUUGGUAUUUACUUAUGAUCUAUCUGAGGAGAAACACAUGGAUGACAUCACCAUUAAUAAAAUUUUCUCUAAUAUCAUAUAAAUUAGAUAGAUGCCAUGUUUCCUUGGAUCUUAGAAGACAUCAAUAUGUGGAAAGAAAUUUAGUGGCAAUUUUUUGGUUCUGAUCAGAUCUUCAGCUCAUCUGUGAUCUAUUACUGAACAGAUGCAAGGCAGCAAGGAUUCUAUCUGUAAAAUGUUAUAGGUGAUCCACAACUGAAAAACUGUACAUCUGAGACAGAGUUACCUGUAAAUCUCCUUUCAUGUUUGGUCCAUGGGAAAGCAACCACAUAGUCUCUAUUACAGGGGUCUUUAAGCUGGGGUUGUUUUCUAAUCUUUCGUUAAAGUGAUGUAACAAAAUAAGGUUAUUGAUGACUUGCAUUUGUUAUUCCAACAGGUGUUAUACACAAUAAUGUUUCUUGUAAUGAAUGCAAGAAGCAAUCCAUUGAAGGAAUGCGCUGGGAAUGUGCAGACUGUCUGAACUACAAUUUGUGUACUUCAUGCUAUAUGAAUGAUAAGCAUUCACUGGAGCAUGGAUUUAACAGAAUAGAAGCUCGUGGAAAACCAGGGUGAGUUUUUAUUGGUUGUUAACCCUUGAACUCCCAGAAGUGAUCAACAUGAAACUUCUCCCAAUAAUAUCCUUACAUUAUCCAGCAAACAGCUAAUGAGAAUAUUCCAACUUAUCAGGUAGAAGUUGUUGUCUUGAUCUAACACCAAAUUCUUGUAACUAAUUUACAAGGAUAUGUGUAGCAGUUAGAAGGGUGAAUUACCAAUCAGAUCUUGGGAGUUAAAGGGUUUAGUUAUGAUUGGUCUUAACAUAUUCAAAUCUGAAUCAAUAAAAAGGGCAAUUUAAGUUUGGAAUCAGGCUCAGUAAUUCUCGAAUUUCAACUCUUAAAUGGUUUUUGCUCAAGUGCAUGUCACUGGUGGUAAGCAUUUAAAUAAACAGUGACUUGAUUUUCAUCUAGUUGAUAUUAAGCUUGGCACUGGUUUGAGUUCAGGUGUUUAUGUUUCACCCUUUUGUUCACAAGGUCUGCCAUGCAAUUGUUGUGAUGUUAGUUUGGAGAAUUUGGUAUUGGAUCACCUAAUAAUCCCCUAAUUGAUACUUUUCUUUUUCUUCAUCACUUGCCAGCUUGAUGUUGUAUUGAUAUUGCAAAGGGAAUUUUUGUCUUGGUCCUUCGUGGAAGUUGAUUAUUAUUGUCAUUGUCUUUGACAUUGCCAUCAACAUUGUCAUCUUGAUCGUCAUUGCCAUCAUUGUGGUCAUCAUCGUUAUCAUUUUCAUUAUGUUUGUCAUAAGCAUUAUCAUCAUUGUCAUUAUCACUAUAAUCAUUAAUAUUAUUAUUAUCUAUUCUAUUCUCUGUGACAAAGAAGACAAUUUGAAAUGUGUCACGACUAAUUUUAGGUUAUCUAAUGUGUUUUAAUUCCUUUUUUUUUUUUUUGUAGGGUUUACAUUGGCCGAAGACUUGGAAAGUGUAAGGUUGAGGCCAAGGGUAUAUUUUGUGGUGCACAGGUUACAAGAGGACCUGACUGGGACUGGGGUAAUCAGGAUGGAGGGGAGGGAAGUGUUGGUCAAGUUUUAGAUGUGAGAGGUUGGGAGACAGAGAGUUUUCAAAGUGUAGCAUGUGUGAUGUGGAAACCUAUGAGUACAAAUGUGUACCGUGUGGGACAUAAAGGGAAGGUGUGUAGUUUAUAUACAUACAGAGUUUUCCAUGUUUCAUCACUGAACUACCUGGGUCUGUAAAAGUAGCAAGGCUAGAAACUUUUUCUUCAAGUCACUUGUUCCUUGGGACAAGUGCAGUGUUUAUUUUACUUGUUGGGACCAAAAGUGCAUUUGUCUGAAAAACCUGACAUCUUACAACAACUAGAUUGUAAGAAGCCUGAUUUGCUUAGAAAUUAAUGGGCUGUAAUAUUUUGUGUCAUUUUCAUGUAGUGUUUGAUAAACAAAAUUACAUUAUUUUAUCUUACUUUCUGUGAGCGGUACAUCUCGUGGGUAGCAAAGUUAUCAAACCUAGUAAAAGUAGCUGAUACUUUACAUGUCUAAAGUCAGGUAAAUGAGGGUGUAUUGCCCUUAUUGCCCUUUAUUGACAUUUGAAUGGCCUAAGUUUCCUGCCCUUAGUUGGGAAAGUUGAUAAUAAUGCUGUAUCAACAUGGCAGAGCCAAGAGAUGAGCAAAACACCAUACCACUAUCACAAUGUUAAUUGGAGAAUUUGGUAUUUGAUCAACUAAUAAUCCUGUUAUUGAUAUUUUUGCUUAUCUCAACACUUUUCAGCUUGGUCACACAUCUGUAUUAGUCACACAUUAGAGUUAGGUGUUAACAUCUCUGUAGCUUAGCUGUUGGGGCACCUGACCUCAUCUUCCCCUGUACAGAAAUUUAUGGUUUGACUUAACAGAGAGGUGCAGUGACAUCAGAGCUUGAAUCUUUUUAAACUGUUUUUUCCAGGUGGAUUUGACUUGCAUCAGUGAGGGUUCUGGAGGAUUUUACUACAAGAAUCAUUUGCCAAAACUAGGACAGAAGCCUGAAUCCCUGAUUAUUCCUUCAACAAGUAGUGCAGCCUCAUCAGCUGGUUCAGUUGACAACUCUGUAAAUUUUGAGGUUGGUGAAGGGGUUAGAGUGCUGUUGGAUGUUACUACACUGAAGGAUAUUCAGGAGGGACAUGGUGGAUGGAAUGACAAAAUGGAAGAGGUACAUGUACAUCUUAACAUUUGACUGUUUGAAAUACUCACUGACUGAAUGGUAGAUUGACUGAUUGAUUGACAGACUAGCAGACUGACUGACUGUCUCAUUGGCUGGCCAAAAGACUGACUUAGUGACGACAGACUGAGUGACCAAAAGACUGACAAAGGUCAACUAACUCACUGAUAGACAAACAGACUAACAGGCAGACUAAAUGUCUGACUGACUGACUCAUCGACUCACUGAUGGACAGACUGACUCACCAAAAGACUGACUUAGAGACUGAAUUAUUCAUUGACAGAUAAGUGGACCAACAGGCACUACAGAUGUAGCAUCACAGUUUCUUCAGAAGCUUAUCCCGUUUUAAAUUGAACAAAUGUCUUACCAGGUAACAGACAAAUUGACCAACAGACUUACUGGCUAACCAACCUACUGGUAAAUUGACACACUGUCUGACUGACAGCCUGACCAACUGACUUAUGGGUAGACAGACAGACUGGCUGACUUAAUUUCUGAUUCCCUGAUUGCCCUACUGAAAGAUACAUCUCAGUGAUAAACUGCCAAACACAACUUAUUACAAAGUUAUCUUAAUUCAGGUGAUUGGGCUUGUGGGUACAGUUCAUAGAAUCACUGAGAGAGGAGAUGUCAGAGUACAGUAUCCUGGGUUUGCAAACAGGUGGACAUUUCAUCCAGCUUCACUCACAAAGGUAUUGUUUGGUUUUAUAGUGAAUUAUAUUUUCUGGCGAUUGAUCCUUUUCAUACACCAGCAUAUCAAAGGAUUUUGCUUAAAGAUAAAAGAACGUUCCAGUGACGAAUAGUUGACAGAGAAGUGUAGCCAGAGUAUCUGUGAAAUUUUGAAGACUAGGCAAAAAUAUUACUUAGAAUAUACAGCACCAGCAUAAUGGGUAACUUCAAAAUUUUGAAGACUAGCCAAAAACAUUACUAAGAGUAUACAGUACCAGCAAAAUGGGUCACUUCAACUGCAUAUUUUGUCAUCCAUCGACAGGUGGAGGAGUUUCGUAUCAAUGAUAAAGUAAGCAUCAUAAAAGAUCAAGCAUUGCUCAAGAAACUUCAGGUUGGGCACGGAGAAUGGACAGAUAGCAUGGCUGUGGUAAGGAAAUGGAUAUCUGAGAAAUAAUUGUUUAUUCGUAAAGCGCAAAUUUUUACGCUCGGAUCAAAAUUGUCUGGAACUCACUUUUUAUAGCUUACUUUUCGAUUGAGAGUAAUAAAGUGGAAACCAAAAUAAUUAAUCACUCAAUCAAUCAGUCAAUCAAUCUUAACCAAUCAGAAGAAAGGAAAAUUUUCUUAGUAAGAGCCAAUGAGAAGUCAAAGCAAAAAGAAACAAACUGCCUAAAGCGCGGGAAAACGCGGGUGACCAAAUUUCAAUUUUGCAUCUCAUUGGUUGAGAAAGUGGCACGAGUUUUUUUGGACCAAUCACGGAGCGAAGUAAAGCAAAAACAAUGCAAUCCCGCAUUACUUUUGAUUCUUAAUUAGAAACUGCUCUAAUUAUUCCAGUGGUAAUUAUCUUUGUAUUCCUCAAUAGGCUUUAGGCAAAGUGGGUAAAGUGCUAAAGAUUUAUUCCGAUGGCGACAUCCGCGUGGCUGUUGCUGAUCAUGCAUGGACGUUUAACUCAGCUGUACUGGUGAAGGAGGAAUCUGCAGCUACGCCAUCUGGUUAUGACCCACAGUCCACCUCGCAGAGGGGACAGGUAGAGUUGCAAGGAAUCUUACAACCGUCGUCAUCCUCGUCAUCUUCUUCUGCCUCACAACAGAAUCAUCAUGACAAUUUGACAGCAGAGGAACGAAGACAAUCUCAGCAAUUGCAGACGGAGAUAGGUAGAAAACUUAACCCUUUACACUCAAACAUCAGUAUCCAUAUUCUCCUUACCCUCCUCUAUACGUUUUCUUUGCUACUAACAAGGAGAAUUCCUUUAACAAUCAAAGCUUCCUAGGUUGGUGGUCAUCUUCUUUAUUCUCUUGGUUUUGUUAUUCUCCUUACCCUCCUCUACACAUUUUCUUUGGUAAUAACAAGGAGAAUUCCUUUAAUAAUCAAAGCUUCCUUGUUUGGUGAUCAUUUUCUUUAUUCUCUUGGUUUUAAUGAAUGAUUCAGCAGUAUUAUUGUAAGGAGAAAUUAGAGGCUGAUCACUCUUAGGGUUAAGAAUUGACUGCCACUGCCCCACUUAAGAAGAUAUAGAACAUGUGUGUUAUCACAACUUUCUGAAUUUGAUACAAAAAUGUGUUUUCUCUAAAAUAUUAAAAAACACAUUCUUUAACUGUAAGGUGUUAGUUAUUUUCCCACAUGCCUGUUAAAGUACACAUUCUGUUUAUGUAUCGAAGCAAGACGCAUCAUUUUAUGAUGAUGAUUGGAAAAGAAUUUUGGUAAAACCUUUUUGUUACAUUUGUUGUCAGAUUUUUAAAUUUGAGACUCCAAAAUGUAAAUGAAGAACCAUCAGUCCGAAUUGAUUUUUCUAAUCGUCCUUACACAUGCUGUCAAAAAUAUAAAUCUGUAGUUCUAAAUAGUACCACUCACAUGUCAGUUGACAGUCCUUCGAAACUCAAUCCACGAUCCACGAUUCUCGAUUCACACAUACAUACAUACACAUACAUACAUACACUUUACUGGAUCUCCCUUAACAGGGCUUUUCGGACAGAACUUACUAAAUCUACAGUAUCUGCAAUCAUAAUUACAAUCAUGAUAAAAAAAGCCAAUGAUGUUUAUUCAUUAAAUAUACUGUAAAAUAUUCUCGAUCCUCGAUUCUUAAGGCUCAAGUGGAGUUCGAGAAAGUCGAGAAAUUUCCGAUUCGAGUUUGGAGACUUUUGUCAUCAAUUGAACAUGUAGGUGGUGAUAGAGGCUUCUCUAAAUUAAUUAAUCUUUUUGUGUUUGUUUGUUUUUAUGAAGACCAAUCGCUGAGGUCCUUGUUAGAUCACCUCCGUAUCAACAGUUCAACGGACAUUGGAUCCAUGAUCAUAAGCGAAGCAGGACAAGGGAAUGUUGAACAACUAAAGGACUUGUUCCGUGCUCAUCCAGAUAAGGUGUCAUACUGUAUUAUUCUGACUUAUGUUUCAAAGGCACUAGAAAGUCGCUUGUCGUACAAUGCAUAAUUAUCUUCAACAGAACGAGUUUCAAUUGAGUGGCGAAAAUAUUCCGGGAUUGCUUUGGUUUUACUUUAUUCUGUGAUUGGUUCAGAAAACGUGCGCCAUCCUCUCAACCAAUCAGAUGCCAAACUAAACACAAUCGCGACUGCGUCACUCGCGUUUUCCCGUGCUUCAAGCAGUUGGCUUGUUUUCACCCUGAGUUCUUAUUGGCCAAUAACCAUGUAAACUUUUGUCCUGAUUGGUCACAUGGAUUACUUUGGUUUUACAACACUCAAUUGAAAACUUCACUAUGAACGAAACUAUUGGUUUGAUAAGGUAGGAAGACGUGAAAAUGAGAGAACAAAGGAACGGGGGUGAUGAGAGAUGAAGACCUCUUACUCGCAUCAAAAGUGAGGAACUUGAAUAUUUUACCUGAAUUUUUUUUAAGAUUCUCAUAUCUUGACGCAAGUCCUCUGAAGCGGUUAGGGUUGGGGCUAGGGUUAGGAAUAUCGGGGGCUCUCUUGGUUUGAAGCAAUGUUACCUAGUGCUUUCCUUAAAGGUUCCAUUAUUUUGUUUUAACUGACUUAAUACUGUGUUUGCAGGUGGAUGUGGUGCGAUCAGACAAGACAGCACUACAGAUAGCCAGUCAUCAGGGACUCACAGCUGUUGUUGAACUUCUGAAUCAGUUUGGCGCAGAUAUUAACUUACAAGUUAGUGAUUCUGAUUAAGAUUAAUCAAUAAAUAGACGUCAGAACUUUUUAGCGAUGCUGGAACAAAGAAUAAACUUAGUCUCUUAAAGAAUUUGAUCCCUAACCUGAUCCCUGUCAGUUUAGUUGUUAUGUACCCAACUGAUAAAGAAUGUUUUCAAUGUUAUCUAUGUUUAAAGGAUCUUAAAGUAGGGUUGGUCUCUUAAAUUUAAUAGCAAUAUAAUCUAUUCCAUUUAAAGUAACACACUUACCUUGUGCUAGGCAAUAAUUUUUGGCAUAAAUUUAGAUACACAAACUUGCGUACGAAGCGUCUGAAUUUGAGUACGAAUCGACUGAAUAUGAAACGUCCAGGUACGAAACGGCGGAUACCACCGCUUCUUGCAUGUAAUGAUACAGUUAGGAAAUGAUAAUUUAUAAAUUCGAUCGUCGAGUAAAGGAAGGUUGAUUGACACAGGUACGUAUCCAAAAAGGAAGCUUAGGGUUCAGAAGAAACCUAGAACAAUUUUUGUGCAAAUAAUCCCAGGAUGUCCAGAGUAAUUAGGCUGAACAAACACGUAGUCCAUCUAGUUUUAACGUAUUGUUUUGUUUCCUUUUCCAGGAUUCUGAAGGUGACACAGCUUUGCAUUAUGCAGCAUUUGGGUGAGUGACAGAUACUGGGGUUACUGACCAAUCUUAGUCUUAGUCAAUACGUCACUAAUUUGCUUAACAGUCCUCGUUUUUGUAUCCAUUUGCUCUUGCAUGGAGCGAGAAACUGUGUCUUGUUUAAACCCAGAACUUUAAAGAAUAAAUAUCACUUUAUUUAUGUAGCGCUAUUUCUAUCGCUAUCCAACAGCGCUUUACAAUGACAAAAUAAACAUAAAGUGCUUGAAAAUCCCAAUUGGCAGGAGGCAGGCCAGUUGGCUAUUUACACAUCGCAGCCAAGGAGUUGAACUCGGGGCGACCGAGAACAAAUCCAACGCAUGGCGGGGUGGAGGACUUGAACCCGGGACCACCAGAUUACAAGUCCAGCACCCUAACUACUUAGCCAAGCCGCCUCCAGUAUAUAGACCUUAUAAGACCAUAAUAGGUGCCAGCACUAAAGAGUGAUCCAGACCCUCUCGUAAUGAUUCAUAACAAUUAACUACAAUUUAUUCCAAUAGUAAUCAGCCCACAACAGCUGCCACUCUGUUAAAAGGAGGCGCAGAUGGAAACCGGCUCAACAAAAACAAAUGUUCCCCGUUGCAUGUUGCAGUAAACAAGGGCUUCACGGACGUUGUGAAAACGUUUCUUAGCUGUUCAUGUAACGUCAAUGCUCAAGUAUGUUACUUAUUCGUACCUUGUCGUUGAUGUAAAGAGUUAUUUUAUAAGAUAAAAAUAAAAAUGUAGCCUGAACGGACUGGGAGGACCAUCAGUGACGUCGCUAACCCUUGUUAAAAUCUGUUCAUUCGUAGGACUCUUAUGGUGACACUGUUCUUCAUGACGCUAUUGCUAAAGACUUUGCAGACAUUGUCGAACUCCUCAUAAACUUUCGUGGUAUCGACUUGUCGAUCAAGAACAAACGAGGAUUCAAUUGUUUGCACCAUGCUGCCCUGAAAGGAAAUGCAAGGUCAGUAUUUAACGUGAACUAUAAAGGGAAAUUUCAAGUAGGGGAAAGUGGAAAGAAAUAAACUUUUAAACAAAGUAGCUGCAAGUAAUUAGCGCGCUUUACUCUUAGCACUCAUCAAAAUCAUCAUUUUGUGCAGCCCAAAUUAGUCAACCUAGCCAAUCAGAGUAAGAUCUGAAUCACAGGGCGCCAAUAAGAGUUCCAAAGAAACAUACAAACGAUCGCAGGCGCGGGAAAGUACGCGGGCAAACGGCUGAGAGGAUGACGUUCUUUUUCUGCACCAAUCACGGGACGCAUUGAAGAACAGCGAGACAAACUAAAGGGGAUCACUUUCCAAACUCAAUUUAAAAUUUCUCUGGUUUAUAUAAUCAUAAUGUUUAGCAACACGAAGAAGUUUAGUAACCCAUAGGUUGCUGCAAACUAGCAGAUAAUGCUUCUCAAAAACCAGAGUUCUCGGGGAUGGAAGGGUUUCAAUGACCUUUGUGACCUUGUCUCUUUCACAUUCUUCAGAGCGGCGUCGCUAAUUGUUCAGAAGUCACCAGAACUAAUGAACUCCGCCAAAGAGGAUGGCUUUUCGGCGCUUCAUCUGGCCUCACUUAACGGACAUUACAAUGUUGUUGAAUGUCUAGUUCAGGUAAAUGUGUGUUUGACUUCCAGCCAAUAUUUUUGGCUAGUAUGAUAGUAGCUCAGAAUGUUUCAGAAGUAUCUUUGCCUUAUGGGUGGCUCCGCGACUCCGCAAGAACAAAGAUAGUGCAAGUGGCCUAGAGGCUUUGUAGUUAUGGACGGCUUUUUAAGAGAAAAAAGCACUACAUAGGGUCGUCAUUGAGACAAUUAAAUGGCAAAAAACAGACAAACAAACAAAUAAAUAAUGAUUUUCUGAUAUGUAUUAUGCAAUUGCUUGGUGUAAUCUUUUAGCCAUGCGAUAAAUUCAAGCUUUUUGGUAACAAUCGAGUGUUCUUGUCAGUUAUAGUCUGUGGUGUUGAAAUAAUAAACCAAAUAAAACAUUUUUGCUUGUAGAUAUCGAAUUUCUCUUCUCGUGUUCAACUCUACAUCUCACUCGUUAGCUGCCCCCUCUGGUGAGAUAUUAAGUUGAACGCUCGAAGAGAAACUCCAUACUCACGCGCGCCCGUGUAUUAUUCUCAAAAUAUUUACGAAUCUUGAAGUGCAACUAAAGCAGGCUAACAUUUUGCCACCUCUCUAGGCUCGCUCUCUUUCUGAAGUCGAUAUCCGCAAUGGUCGUCAACAGACCCCUCUCCUCCUAGCAGUCGAUAAAAGACACGUGACCAUAGCUAAACUACUUUUGGAAAACGGAGCUAAUGUCAACGCGCAAGAUGAUGUCGGUGAUUCUCCACUUCAUGUAGUAGUCAUGUAUCAUUCCCUAAAGUUUGGGGGGAAUAAUGCUGCAAAGAAAGAGGUAAGACUUGGACAUGUAGAUCAUAUCAAUCAGCUUUUGUCUGUGUCUGUCUUUUACUGAUGCUUGACUGAUUGCCUGUCUGUGCCCUUUGUCUUUGACUGUUUGCGUCUCUGCGGUUUAUUUCUGUCAACUUACCUUUCUUCCUCAUUCUCUUUGCGUGACUGCCUGCUUGUCUUUCCCCUUCUGUCUUUGUAUUUGUGCCUCUCCGCGGUCUAUGUCUGUCUACUUACCUGUCUUCCUCAUUCUCUCUGCCUGGCUGUCUGCUUGUCUGUCUCUUUCUCUCUGCCUGACCGUUGCCUCUCUGUCUCCUUAUGGCUGCCCUUCUGUCGCCGUAUAGUCCAUUUAUGUUUCUCUAGGGCAGUGUCAAAUAGCCAAUACUGUGGAUGUGCCCCAUAAGUUCUCUUAUAGUCAGUCUGUUGACCAGACCUACUCUGGGAUCAUCUGUCUCGUUGUCCCUCUGUUAGUCAAACAGCCACCGUCUCACUCUCUAAUUAUCCUUGAGAGUCGCAUUUAGAUGUGCUUUUGUAGGCCAAUCUGUCUGGUUAUGUGUCUUUCUCUGUUUGUCUGUCAACUGUCUGGAUGUCGUCUGUUAGACAUUUGUUUAUAUUUAGUAUUUAGUGGUUACUUGUGUUCAAAGUCCGUCGUUUAAGCUAUCGCGAUGAGUUUCCAAAUUAUGACCGCUUUGUCUAACUUCCAAAAGUUGACGUGCUUAGUUUGUGUGCUAACUUUGCCUUGGACCGACACGAAAGCUGUUGUUUUUGCUUACGCUCUCAAAGAUUAAUUUGGUUGAUCGGAAACAUUAAGUACAUUGUUGUUAAUUUGUGAGAUUAUUGUAUCGUAAGAGCGUGUUGUGGUCUGCCGCCAGCUCCUCCGACAUUGCGACCCAACGACAUGUUUCAUCUUAACAAGUUUCUCAUGCAUGUUGUUAUCUUUACAGCUUCCUCCAAGCGAACCUACAUUUGCCAUAACCAAAUUACUAAUGGAGCACGAUGCAGACUUGACACUUUUAAACAAACACGGGAAAACUCCAGUACAGCUGUGCAGAGAUCCACGGCUCCGAGAGAUCCUAUUACCUAAUGGCGUAGCAGAGGACGAGUGAGUAGAAAUAACAUCCGACAGUCUUUUACCGACCAAAUUUGUCACGUUUUCCUUGCGCAUUAAUCCCUUACACUCUUAGUCAUUUUUAUUCCUUCGUUGCGGUAUGUAUUUUUAUCUUCAACCAACCUAACGUUUGCAAACUCCUCCAAGCUUCCUCAUAUACAUGUAGUUUUAAACGCCGUAAAAUAAUUUUCAAAAUAUUGCGUCGUACUCCUUCAAGCUCAGCUACCGAAUAAGGAAUGAUAUCGAAUUUGUUUGUCUCGAGCGAGUGUCGAGAUGUAACAGAGGAAUGAUCGAAGUUAUGAGCUACGCGGAGCUCGAGAUACAGCUCCUUAGCACGCAGUCUCCUUUGCGGUGUAUUGUUUGUGUUACGUGACAUCUCAAAGUACGGCUGUGAGGGAGACCUCGUGGCUCAGAGAAGUUUUCGUUUGAUUGUGCGUAUGUUUGUGUUUUUUUUUGCAGUGCGACGCCGAAGAAAUCUCAGACAUCAAAUGGUGCCUCUCCGCAUGCAUCGUCGAGCUCGUCUUCUGGAGUUUCCAUGGAAACAGGCCGCAAAUGUCGUGUGUGUGAUUUGCCUGCUAACGCAACCUUUUCCCCGUGUGGUCACUUGGUCGCUUGCAUGGAUUGUGCGCCAAUGCUAAAGAAGUGUUUUCUUUGUAAGGUAAAGUACAAAUUUUUUCUUAACAGUAAUGGUCAGAAUUUCUUUGCCCCGUAGUAAUAAUUAAUUUCCUCCCUCUAUGCUUUGCAGGCUGUGGUUGAGUCGUUUGCCGAAGUACACCAGGGAGGGGACAGUGUAGAAUGCGUAGUGUGUUCAGAUGAGCCACCCUCCGUCAAGUUUGAACCGUGUGGGCACAUGAUAGUUUGUGAAGGUACAAAUAUUUUUUGACUGCGUUUGAAAUUUUUAUCACUGAUACAAGACUUCAAUCCUUGAUUGAAUGACAGAAAAGUUAUCUAGUGAGACAUAAGCUUUAAGAUGACUCCACCUCCCACCCCUUCUCUCUGCCAUCCCAUUCUUGUAAGAUGGGAAAUUGAAAGAUCUCUUGGGAAACCCUUGGGAGGGACAUGUUUUUACUGAUCACUUUACUGAUCUCUUAGUUUUUAUUUCAUCAUAUCUUCCCGUCACUAGGAUGUGCCACACGCAUGAAGAAGUGCCUUAAAUGCAAGAAGGUUAUUGAAAAGAAAAUAUCCAGUGGUGAGUAAUUGAGAUCUUACAUUUUGCUGCCGUAGAUCGUAAUAAAUAAAAAAAAACAUUUAACUUUGUUCCCUUGGGGAAUGAAGUCAAGGAUUUUGGGGAUGUAAUGUCGGAACCUUUUUCAGACUGUUUGAUAAUCGAGAGGCUUUCAUUUGUCCACACUUCUAGGCGCCUGAACGUCAAAGACUGCGUGAAAUAUUCACAAGCAUUCGAAGGCUAAAAUGUGAAAUUUCAAGCGAACUUGAAAGUCUAUGGAAAAACAAACAGUCGUGGACAUAUGCAUUCCAUUGAGACUACAGCAACGUUAGUGAGUGCAAGACAGGCCGUGUAAAUACUCAAGACAAAUAAUUUUUCCGGCGAUUUUUAAAAUUUUCUCCUUUUUUUUCGUCCGUAGGGAAAAAGGCAACUGCCAAACCAGCAGAAUUAAGCGAAAACGAUGAAAAAUACUUGGAAACACUCCAUUCUUUGCUGUCGCUUCAAGCUCAUGUACGGGAGAUUGAAGAUGCCAACAUGUGCGCCAUUUGUCUUGAAAAACCUCGCAAUAUGGCGUUCCUGUGUGGCCACGGCACAUGCGUAGAGUGCGCCACGACACUGGAGGUGUGUCCCAUGUGCAGGAAACCCAUCACUAAGAAGAUAACUCUGUUUAACUGAUCAGAGUGGAGUGCACAGGCAACCCAUCACGAUGAGAAUGACGCUGUUCAUAUGAACGAAAUGUUAUGGUGAAAUGAAUAUCUGAGAUCACUUGUUACAAACGGUAACUUGCGUUUGGGCAAAUCUUGCAUCUAGGCAUUACCUAUGUUUUGUCUAAAGCUUAAAUUUGUUCGUCAAAAACGCUUUCUUUUGUUCAAGAUAACUUCAAAAGGUCCAUAUAUUUGAGCAGGAUUUCAAUUGCUUUGUCGGUUGAAUUCCUCUUAGUUUAGAUAGAUAAGUAUUUUUCAGAGGAUUGCUUACGUAUAUUAAGACAACACAAUUGACAUAAACUUCAAGGUGCGUUAGUUUUGGAAAGAAAAAAAAAAGACACUUAAAAGUACGAUAAAAAAUAGAGGAGUUACAAAUGCAGUUCAAAAGACUGUUCGGAAGAAUGUUCCGAAGGCUGUUCGGAAGACUCUUCCGAAGACUGUUCUUUUCGACCUGAAUAUAGUUCUUGCGAAAUCGUUGUUCAUAAUCUUUACCAAGAAAUAAUACAUGGGACUUUAGACACCUUGGUAGCGAAAAAAGUAAUGAAAGACAGUCUAGAAACUUUCCAAAAAACGUACGGGUUUGUUAGUAUAAUGCUUACAGCUGAUCGUGGUCUAGAAACCGCGAAGGGCUUAUAAUUCCUUGUAAUUAACUGGAACUAAGAAAUAUUCUACAUCAAAGUUCUCAGAUGUUCUAGAUUUCUCUAAAAGAAUAUAUAAAUCCCAGCCCAGACCCUUGGAUGGAGUGUUCGUUGCUGGUUCAACCAGAUCUCACUGGAUUGUUACGUUACGUCACCGAUUGAGACCAACCAUGCCUACCAGAUUUCGCUUGGGCAGGGCAGCUCGAGGGAAAUACAAGGGACUGGUGAAAAGAUCCAGUUCAAAGGGUUUCAAGGUCUUUCAGUUAUUAACCAAUUGAGGGGCUAAUUUCGGAAAUAGAUCUUAGGUUUAGAAGUGUGUUAGAAAAAAUACGAUUUAGUUUAGCCCCGUUGACAAGUUGUUUAAUAAUAUUUAUCCGAUUCUAAUAUCUCAUUUGCCACUGAUUUUAGCUGGGCUUUUGAUGUGGCAAUUGAACGAUUUUGCCUUUUGACUAGUAAACACAGUAGUAGUGUGACGCGUUCCUAAUCGUCUCUUGUCUCUUAAGAACGUGAAUCCUUAAGUCAAGGAAUGAAUUUUGUCCUAUUUUAAUUUAUCGCGAAAUGAAUUUCUGUUUGAACAUAAUUUAUUAU